AGAAACCACGUGACACGCAGCGCCGCCUGUCAGGGGCUUUGCAGCAGUGGGACGAAUGACGGCCGACUCAGAGGAAGUUACUUGGAGCAGCUGUGCUAGUAUGUAACCUUACACCAGUGGGCAAAAAUAUUCGCUGUUCAUUAAAGGCAGCAGCAUUCAUGGAUAUUGUGGACACCUUUAAUCAUUUAACACCAAGUGACCAGUUGGAUGAUUCACCAAUAAUAAGUCAGAAUUUGGAAUGUGAAGCCAAUAAUGAAUGUGGAACAGGACUCGGAUUGGAAGAUUCACUGAAGAACAUGCUGAGCGACAAAGAUCCUAUGUUUGGAUGUGCAAGCACUCUGCUGGACAAUGAAGACCCCGCUUUUCAGAUUGCUGGUUCGGCAAGUCCAGACAGUGGUGCUGCGCAAGUAGACCUCUCCAAUGAACCGAAAACUACAGAGAGCUCACAGGAUAAGCGACUCCUUGGAAAGCAGAAGAAACCUCCUGGCAGUUUAGAAUACCGUCAGUACAUGAUAAACAUUCUGGUGACCAACGGCCCAACAUGUCUACCAACCGUUCAAUCCGAGGACGGCCAGGGAGGAGACCGGCUAACAGGCUAAGCAGGUCAUUUCUUAUUGACAAAGGUGUUAAAGGUGCCCAACUGAAGAAAGAACUGAUUCAGGGUGGGCGCAUUAACAUUAGUGAUCUUGAUGGUGGAGUUUGGCUGAACCCUGCUGUUGUACUGAGACGACUGACUGUAAAUAUUGGAGGAUUUAAGAUUGAGUUGCUUCCAGGACCUUCUUACACUCAGAGUGUUGAUACAAGCCAGUCGGAAUGCUUGGACACCAAUUUUUCCGAUGGUGGUGACAUCGGUGUGGCCAUCUUGCCAGAUGAUGCUGUCAGAGCAGAAAGUCUGAUACCAAGCAAGGUUACAGAGAUGGAAGUAACUGAGAGGAGCUCUGCUGAUGAGGCAGUCAUUGGGCUGGGCCCAUAUGUGAACCCUAAUGACGUGCAGACUUCUAAUGGGACUAUAAUGGAAACCCAAAAACAACAAAACCCAGCCAGUAAGGGAAAAGAUGAUGUCAAACAUCCUCAAAGCAGUGAGGAUACUUCAGCUACUAUUAGUGAUAAAACUGAUGGCAAAGACAAGCAUCAAACCCCUGCCAAAACAACUCUGAAGUCUAAACAAGGUGUGAUGUUGAACAAGAGCAAGGACUUGGUUUUAUCUAAACCAACCAACACGAUUAAGGAUAAAGUAUCCCAAAACAAGCCAUCCAAAGUUAUCCACAGAGGCGACUUGCACAAAAUGAAAUCUGUAAAGGAUAAACAAGAUGUUUCACCUGUAAAAAGGCCUGCAGAAAACAUUCAAAGUGAGCAUACUACUAAAGUACAAAAAGUGCAUGUUGCAGGGGACGUUAAAGUGAAGCCAAAAUCACCGAGUGCACCAAGCUCUGCAGCAAAGAGAGUUCCGUCUCCUGGCAACCGUGCUUGUGAUCAGCAGGGACAAACCAGGCAAAAUAAUCCUCAUCACAGCUCUAAAGUUGAACCUGCUCACCAGGCCCACAGUCACGCUAGUAAUUCUGUAAAGGUCCCUCAUGAGGGAGGGCAGGAAAAGUUCAAACUGAAAAAAACAGAAAAGAUUCUUCAAAAACAGAAGAGUAAAAAUACACGAAGCAUCUCUGUGGACGAGCCGCAGCUCUUUGUUCCAGAUAAUGCUCCCACUGUCAAGAAAGAAACUGCCGAGGAGCAGCCUGCCAAUAACGAGAGCGUAUGGGACGGAAACAACUGUUGUGGCCUCUGCAAAAAGCACCACAAUAACAUGUUCAUGGUAGGAUGUGGUCGCUGUGACGACUGGUUCCAUGGUGACUGUGUUGGUCUCGAUUUGGCUAAAGUACAUGAAAUGGAGGAAGAGGACCAGAUGUACGUAUGCUUAAAAUGUUGCGAAGAGGAGAGCAAGAAGGUGGAGCCUGAGCCCCCGGCCACUGUCAAGCCAGAAGUUCAUGAAAAGACUGAAGUCCAGGAUCAUAAGCUGCCAUCCAAACACCGUCCAGGAUCCUCCCAGAGUCUCACCUCAGGUGGGGUCAGACCAGUAAGAAAGGAUGCAGAAACAAGGCUAUCCUCAGAUGUCAAAGAACAAGGCCAUAGAACAGGUAUUUUUACGAAGCACGAGGCAAAAAGUAAGGCUCUGUCUUUGGCUUCAAAGAAGCCUGUGUCUGUGGAGGCAAUCAGACGAAAUGUGCGUGAUUCUCUGAAAGAAAUCCUCAUACAGAGGCUGAAGGAUUCAGAUUUGAACAUUUCGGUGGAGAGGGCCUCUGAACUUGCCAAGAAGACUGAGAGGGAGCUGUUUCAUCUAUAUAAAGACACUGACAACAAAUACAAGAACAAAUACAGAAGUUUAAUGUUCAACCUUAAAGACACAAAAAAUAAUGUGCUCUUUAAAAGAGUUCUUAAUGGUGAGAUUUCUCCCAGUAAUCUAAUUCGCAUGAGUCCCGAGGAGCUGGCUUCCAAAGAGUUGGCUGCCUGGCGACAGAGAGAAAACAGACACACCAUCGAAAUGAUUGAAAAAGAGCAGAGAGAGGCAGAGAGAAGACCAAUCACCAAGAUCACACACAAAGGUGAAAUAGAGAUUGAGAGCCAGGAACCAGCGAAAGCUCCAGAGCCCACAGAACCCGAGUCUCCUCCUAAAGUGACUGAAGUUUUAGCAGAACCUGCAAAGGGCCCAGAGAAGAAAGCAGAGAAUAUCAAAAUAGAGGAGGACACUACAGGCCAGCACAAGUCUCAUCUGUUCGACCUGCACUGCAAAAUCUGCACCGGUCGCAUGGCACCCCCGGUGGAAGAAGCACAAACCAAAGUGAUGAAAGUUGCCACCACCGUGGUUCGGAGGCAGUCUGCCAAAGCAGAGGACACAAAGAGCAGAACGCCUGCAAUGGACGAUGACCUGCACCUCACCGUGUUGGAGGAGAGCUUCCGCAGUGCCCAGUCCGGCUUAGAAGCACGGACGGAUCACGCCUCUGGGAGAGACGAAGAAGCCCUUUUCCUCUCCAACAUAAAACCCCUGUGGCGCGGAUUCAUUCACAUGCACGCCGUGGCAAAGCUAGUCACAAAAGCUUUCCCUGUUUCCGGCAUUUUGGACAACUUGACUGUGGACCUUCCAGACAGCAUCCAGGUUGGUGGGAGAAUUAGUCCUCAGACUGUGUGGGACUACUUGGAAAAGAUUCGGGCAACUGGAACAAAAGAGGUGUGCCUGGUUCGCUUCUCCCCCGAGACAGAAGAGGAUGAGAUCUCCUAUACUCUUCUUUAUGCCUACUUCAGCAGUCGUAGGCGUUUUGGGGUGGUGUCCAACAACUUAAAACAAGUAAAGGACAUGUAUCUCAUUCCUUUGGGUUCCACGGAAAAAGUUCCCCAUCAGCUAGUUCCCUUUGAUGGGCCAGGUUUAGAAAACAACCGUGCCAAUCUUCUCCUUGGACUCAUUAUUCGUCAGAGACCAAAAAGGGACUUUCUUCCCGUGGACAUGAACGAAUCUGCGAGGAUUGUUCCUGAAAUCAAGCCAGUCACCGUUUCCACAAAAGUUACCACGUCCACCGAGGAGGAUGAGAAAUUGUUCCUGUCUACUCUGACACCCCAGCACAAAAAGGAGACGAACAAAGUAGCUGACACGAGGGAGGAGCCCGCUGCAGAGCCCUUUGAAGAAGCUCCAGCAGCAGAGGAGCCCAGCGGUCAGGAACAAAAACCACUUCGCUUUCUUCCAGGAGUGUUGGUGGGCUGGGGAGGAGAAAUUCCACCUCUGCCAGAUUUUGUAGACAAACCUGCAACAACAGGACACUCCACUCCAAAGAGCCCGCCCGUUCCCAAACCAGAGGCAACUACCGGGAGCUCAAAAGUCCCAGCAGCUGCUUCUGCCCCUCGUUUUAUCAUCAAGAAAAAAGAAGCAAAACCUGCUAAAGCCGAACCGGAGCCAUCCGGCCCGGCUGAUGCCUCUGCCUCUAAAGAGUCGCCGGUAAAAAAGGCCGCAGAUGUAACGGUCCAUCAUGCAUCAGUCACCCUCAAAGAUAAGCCGCCAGAUGUGUCGACGGAGGCAUUCCUGGCAAGCCUGUCAGCAGCAUCAAGUGGCACUGAAACGGCAAACAAAAGCUCCGCUGGCCUUUUGUCUGAAACUGAAAAAGGAGAAUCUGAAGGGAAUUCUUUGUUGCAGCCAGAAUCCCAGGCUGCUUCAGAUCACACAAAUAGCUCAAAAGCUCCUUUAAGUGGAAUCCUAAAAAAAUCGUCAGCAUAUUCCUCUGCGAAUGAAGAUAAAACAAUUGUGCUACAGAAGGAUAAAGCCAGCCUCCCAAACUCGUCAGGUACUAAACCAGUUCCUGUGUCGGGCAGCGCCAGGAAGGAUCCAGUGUUACCUUUUCACCAAGGAUAUUUACAGCUAUCUCAGGCAAGGCACAAGCUCGAAGAACAAAGCCAAACUGCUUCUCAGUCAUUUCACAGUAAAAAGAAUGAUCCUGGAGCUACGUUAACUCAGACCCCUCCUCCUCCUGCUCAAGCUCCAGAAACCACACUUGUGUGCAACACAGAGGCCUCAGAGUCCCGGCCUGCGUCUGUGAAGGCACCAGCUGUCCCAGCCACCAGCAGUGCAGCCGCCUUUCCCGCGGAGGAGCCCCCAGUCGCGCCGCUCCUCAACACUGUGUCCACGGCUGACACCCAAAGCCAGCACUCUAGUAUCCCCACAGCAGACGCGUCAAGCCCAGAGCCAUCCCCAGCCAGAGACUACAAACGGCCAGAAGAGCAGUACAGCGACCCGUGGGCCAGGCAGAGCAACUCGGAGGAGGGAGACCACCACGGGAGGCACAGUCACCACCGGGACUCCCACCACGGCAAAAAGAGCCGGCACUACGACCGGGAACGGGAGGAGAAGUACAGGGACAGGAGCAGGCACCACGGACACACGGACGACCGGCACGCCGAGAGGAGGAAAGAGAGGCACCACAGCGACGACCACAGCCGCCACAAGGACCGACACCGGCACAGGCGAGACUCCGACUACGAGAACGGACGACGGAGCUCAAAAGACAGCUACUCGUAAUCUUUUUCUAUUUAUUUUUUUUAAACCCUUAAGAGCAUUUGUGCUCGUCCAGACUUGCUGGUUUAUACCACUCUUACUAAAUUUUCCCCCUAACAGCGUGCAUCUGUUGGGCUGCGUCUCUGAAAGGGGGCUUUUAUGUUCUUCACUGGUCAGCCAAAAUGAGAUAUCAUUUCAGUGGAAUUAUGAAUAGCGUUUGUCAGUUUUUAUCCAGACCAUGCAAGACUCAAUGUUGGAAUAUUUUUCAAUUGAUUAACAGUUAACAGUUUUAAUGUAUAUAUCCUGUUCUAAUUGAACUGUUGUUCUGGCUUCCAGUUUUUGUGGACCAUUAGGUUAAAGUUUGAAAUGUAGCUUCAGUUUUUUACCUGAAUGUAACAGAAGAUAUUUAACUAAGGACAGGUCUAAACAGCAAUUUUGUCAGUUUUCAUUUUCUUUUAAAUCCCUCAGAUAUUUUAUAAACUUUAUGUUAAGAAAAUAUGUACAUUUGGCUUGUAAUAUACACUAAAGAUGAAGUGUGCCUUUGCACUGUUUAUGUACAGUUGAUAAUUAAACUAAUCC